CACCCCUCACUACCACCAAAGGUAUGUCACCCCUCACUAUCACCAAAGGUAUGUCACCCCUCACUACCACCAAAGGUAUGUCACCCCUCACUACCACCAAAGGUAUGUCACCCCUCACUACAACCAAAGGUAUGUCACCCCUCAUUACCACCAAAGGUAUGUCACCCCUCACUACCACCAAAGGUAUGUCGCCACUCACUACCACCAAAGGUAUGUCACCCCUCACUACCACCAAAGGUACGUCACCCCUCACUACCACCAAAGGUAUGUCACCCCUCACUACCACCAAAGGUAUGUCACCCCUCACUAUCACCAAAGGUAUGUCACCCUCUCACUACCACCAAAGGUAUGUCACCCCUCACUACCACCAAAGGUAUGUCACCCCUCACUACCACCAAAGGUACGUCACCCCUCACUACCACCAAAGGUAUGUCACCCCUCACUACCACCAAAGGUAUGUCACCCCUCACUAUCACCAAAGGUAUGUCACCUCUCACUACCACCAAAGGUAUGUCACCCCUCACUACCACCAAAGGUAUGUCACCCCUCACUACCACCAAAGGUAUGUCACCCCUCACUACCACCAAAGGUAUGUCACCUCCUUACACCCACCAAAGGUAUGUCACCCCUCACUACCACCAAAGGUAUGUCACCCCUCACUACCACCAAAGGUAUGUCACCCCUCACUACCACCAAAGGUAUGUCACCUCCUUACACCCACCAAAGGUAUGUCACCCCUCACUACCACCAAAGGUAUGUCAUCCCUCACUACCACCAAAGGUACGUCACCCCUCACUACCACCAAAGGUAUGUCACCCCUCACUACCACCAAAGGUAUGUCAUCCCUCACUACCACCAAAUGUACGUCACCCCUCACUACCACCAAAGGUAUGUCACCCCUCACUACCACCAAAGGUAUGUCACCCCUCACUACCACCAAAGGUAUGUCACCCCUCACUACCACCAAAGGUAUGUCACCCCUCACUACCACCAAAGGUACGUCACCCCUCACUACCACCAAAGGUAUGUCACCCCUCACUACCACCAAAGGUAUGUCACCACUCACUACCACCAAAGGUAUGUCACCCCUCACUACCACCAAAGGUAUGUCACCCCUCUCUACCACCAAAGAUAUGUCACCCCUCUCUACCACCAAAGGUACGUCACCCCUCUCUACCACCAAAGGUAUGUCACCCCUCUCUACCACCAAAGGUAUGUCACCCCUCACUACCACCAAAGGUAUGUCACCCCUCACUACCACCAAAGGUAUAUCACCUCCUUACACCCACCAAAGGUAUGUCACUGCUCACUACCACCAAAGGUACGUCACCCCUCACUACCACCAAAGGUAUGUCACCGCUCACUACCACCAAAGGUAUGUCACUUCCUUACACCCACCAAAGGUAUGUCACCCCUCACUACCACCAAAGGUAUGUCACCCCUCACUACCACCAAAGGUAUGUCACCCCUCACUACCACCAAAGGUAUGUCACCCCUCACUACCACCAAAGGUACGUCACCCCUCACUACCACCAAAGGUAUGUCACCCCUCACUACCACCAAAGAUAUGUCACCCCUCUCUACCACCAAAGGUACGUCACCCCUCUCUACCACCAAAGGUAUGUCACCCCUCUCUACCACCAAAGGUAUGUCACCCCUCACUACCACCAAAGGUAUGUCACCCCUCACUACCACCAAAGGUAUAUCACCUCCUUACACCCACCAAAGGUAUGUCACUGCUCACUACCACCAAAGGUACGUCACCCCUCACUACCACCAAAGGUAUGUCACCGCUCACUACCACCAAAGGUAUGUCACUUCCUUACACCCACCAAAGGUAUGUCACCCCUCACUACCACCAAAGGUAUGUCACCCCUCACUACCACCAAAGGUAUGUCACCCCUCACUUCCACCAAAGGUACGUCACCCCUCACUACCACCAAAGGUAUGUCACCCCUCACUACCACCAAAGGUAUGUCACCCCUCUCUACCACCAAAGAUAUGUCACCCCUCUCUACCACCAAAGGUACGUCACCCCUCUCUACCACCAAAGGUAUGUCACCCCUCACUACCACCAAAGGUAUGUCACCCCUCACUACCACCAAAGGUAUGUCACCCCUCACUACCACCAAAUGUACCUCACCCCUCACUACCACCAAAGGUAUGUUUACUUAUAUAGUUAAUAUUUAAUUAACACAGUCACUGUAGAUCAGAGGUGUUUCUGGAUACUAAAUGUAUAUUCGGUAAUAAGCUCAUGUCUGGUAAUAACCCACCCAUGUCUAUUGCAGUCAGUAAAACUUUCAACAAUUGCUAUUUCACCUCUACCAUGAGUUAAAAUUUCUGUGAUGGCCCCUUGGUCUUAUCAUAGGUACCAUAUGUUGAUGUUUGUAGAAAUUCUACCAUUUUAUAUGGUAUAUAUGUUUCGGUA